CCUGGCCUGGGGAACCACGCAGAAGCGGAGCCCGGGAUCUCUGCGCUCACGCGGGCGUUCUUCCCUCCCCAGCUGGCCUGCGCCGUCAUCGCUGGCAUCCUGCACUACCUCUUCCUGGCCUGCUUCGCCUGGAUGUUCCUGGAGGCCGUGGUGCUCUUCCUCACCGUCCGCAACCUCGGGGUCGUCAACUAUUUCAGCACCCACAGCCCCAAGAUGGGGCACCUGAGCCUCUUCGGCUAUGGCUUCCCCGCCCUGGUAGUGGCCGUCUCGGCGGCGGUUAUGCCGGAGGGCUAUGGCAGACAGGAAAACUGCUGGCUCAGCAUGGAGAAGGGGUUCAUCUGGAGUUUCCUGGGGCCGGUGUGUGUCAUCAUCGGGAUGAAUUCCGUCCUUUUCGCCUUAACCCUCUGGAUGCUGCAGAGAAAACUUUCCAGCCUGAACACUGAAGUGUCCACCCUCAAGGACACCAGGUAACGUUGGUUUAAAAGCAGAGCUGAAAAGUAUAGUUCAAUGUUGGUAAG